AUGCAAGCAAAUUUAGCUAUAGUCAUCCUUCACAAUUCCGGACCAGGACCGCCAACGUCCCCGAGCAAGACCAUGACGACCAGCGGGCGCUUGACCCACCGCGAUAGUGAGGUGCGAAAGGAGAAGAAAAUUGGACAUCGGCGAGUAACCGAAGAAGGCACCGUUACCUAUAAAAAGAAACCUACUUCUGAGAUCCAACGAGCUUUACAGCUGGGGAUUCAUCAUCAUAUUGGUUCGGUCCAGCAAAAACCGUUGCGUGAUGUACUGUUCCGGGAUUUUCAAACCAUAGAAACCGUCCAGUUCCCCGCCUCGGGCACAAAAACCACCCCAGCUCAUUCGUUAUCGGAUUUUCGUUUCCGAACGUACGCACCAAUUGCUUUUCGCAACUUUCGGAAUCGAUACAAACUGGACAUAACCGAUUUUCUGAACUCGAUAUGCAAUCACGAGCUCCGUGAAUUGUCAAAUCCCGGGGCUAGCGGCUCGAUUUUCUACAUCACCCAGGAUGACGAGUUCAUUAUCAAAACAGUGCAACAUCGUGAAGGAGAGUUUCUCCGCGCCCUGCUUCCUCACUAUUUCAUGAAUCUGAUGCAACAUCCUUGUNUUGUUAUCAGCAAGAACAUUCGAUUUAUUGUGAUGAACAACUUACUUCCAUCCUCAGUUAAAAUCCACGAAAAGUAUGAUCUGAAAGGAUCCACCUACAAACGACGGGCAAGUGCAGCGGAAUUGGCCAAAACCUCUCCCACAUUAAAAGAUUUGGAUUUCCGAGACCGACAUGCGGAUGGUAUCUGGCUGGAAACAGAAACCUACGAUGCGUUGAUCAAAACAAUUGAGCAAGAUUGUCGGGUAAGGAAGGUCUUGGAAUCUUUGCAAAUCAUGGACUACUCCUUGCUGCUAGGUAUCCACAAUUUGGACCAAGCCAAACGAGAUCGGAUGGAACAAAAAAAAAACGGGCAAGGGAGUACAGUUUUAGCGUACGCAGCCUCGGGUGGUGACGAAUCGGGUGCUUCGAAUCAUCUGUCUCCAUCGUCCGAUGCGAACGUGAAUGGGUUUCAUCCAGACCGGGCGAAAUCCACCGGCUCCCUCAGUCCGACCCCAUCCAUCGAUCGAUCCUCACAGAUUACCAUUACCAAACGAGCCGAUGUCUAUCGAGCCCCGCCCGGGGCCGACGGAGAGACGGCCAAAUCAGGCACCAUUACCAUCGGCCCAGAAUCAACCAAAGAUCGCGUGGUUGUGAACGACUCGGAGAAACAAACAACGGAACGUAAACGGUCUCCAAGCUUCCAGAGGGGUGCACAAAAAGCACGAUCCCAAAAGCGUUUAGCUGCCUACUGUACAGCCAUGGAAUCGAUUGAGGCUAGCGCCCAGCCAGUUGAAUUAGAAAAAGAAGAGUUAGACUUGAUCCCUUCCGGUGGCAUUCCUGCACGAAGUAGCAGCGGAGAUCGGCUUCUUUUAUUUGUCGGUAUCAUCGACAUUCUUCAGAGCUAUCGGCUAUUAAAGAAAUUGGAGCAUGGCUUCAAAGCCCUCAUGAUUGACGGAUCGAUCAAACGACUCCAUUUGGACCCCAUAUCAGGCGGUUCAGGCGGUUUGUGGAAUUGGGUGCGUAUGCCCUAA